AGACCGACAAAGAUACUCGGUAAAAAGAUAUUUUAUAUAAAAACGAUAAAAAUAUUGUUUGGCAAGGUAAAAAUCAACUGAGCCAUUGCCUAGCUAUCAGAGAAAAGAGUGUGAACAAAAUUACAAAAAUAUUCCAAAAGUAUGUGUAAAAGACAACGGUGUGCUUGUUCUUCACUCGUUGUCGUGACGUUUGUCGUUUGAUUUCACAAAAUAUCGUACGUACAUUAGUUUCAUUUAUCAUAGUAAGUAAAUGGAUUUUGAGGGAGAGAUUUAUUUUUCAUUUAUAAUGGAUUGUCGUGAAUAUAAAUAUUCAGUUCUAAAACUUAUUGAAGCAGUUAGAGUUCGACCAGAAUUAUGGGAUAGUUCACGUGCUGAAUUUCGAAGUUAUAAAAAUAAAGACAAUGUAUGGCAAGACGUGUUCGCAGAGUUGGACGAUAAUUAUCGUCUUCUGAGUGAAAAAGAGCAAUCGGUUAUUGCCAUAAAAAUAACAACAAAAUGGAGAAAUAUCCGCGAUGUUUUUAUAAGAUCAAUUAAAAAAAGAGCAACAGAUACGAAAAUGAGAAAAUACAUGUAUCACGAUCGGCUAUCGUUCAUGCUUAAACUUUACAAGUCUUAUUUAAGACCCGAAAGUCCAGUAGAAUAUGACAAAACCUUUACUACCUAUUUAGAGCCUUACAAUGAUAAGAGAGCAACACGAAGUAUUACAUUUGAUAAAGUCCCAGAAUGUUCAUUAGUUGAAAAACCAAAAUCUUCAUAUUCUGGUGAAGAAGAAUCACUCAGUAUCAAAUCAGAACCUGAUUAUGAAAAUGACGAAGAAAUUACAAAUAAUAUAGAAAAUGAAGCAAGUUCGAGUUCAAAGCCAAACCAUUAUGCAGUUUUUGAUGAUGAAUUUGAGGGAACGAGUUGUUCAGAAAAUCAAACCGUAGAUGUUGAAAAUGAUCAUGCUCAUCAGCAUCAGAUAACUGAAAAUAAAAAACAAAUUCAACUCAGUAUCAGAAACAAAAAAUUAGAAAAUGUAACCAUUUUGCGAACUGACGAAGAUGAAGCUUUUUUGGCAUCAAUAUUAUCUUCAGUGCAAGACAUGAGUGUUGACGAAAAACUUGAAUUUCGCAUAGCUGUAUUACAAAAAAUUAGCCAAAUAAGGGCCAAGCGACAUAAGACAUAGCUAAUAAUGAUCUCACUUAACACCAUUAAAAUAAAAAUAUUAUUUAUUUGUUUUUUAAAUUUUUGUUUUAAUAUAUUUUAUAAUGAA